AUGCCCUCAGUGAUGGAGCGCUCGGGGGCCGGGGUCCUGUCCAGGAGCAGAGCCAAGACCGUAACCAACGGCAACAGCCAACCGCACUCUGAGGAGGAGAGCAGUGAUGAAGAGCACGCUCACGACAGUAUGAUCAGAGUGGGAGGAGACUACCAGGCCCAGAUCCCCGAGUUCAAACCAGACAGUCCGACCCGCUACAAUGAGAAGGACCAGAGGAGCAUGUUGGUCUGGUGUCCCAGCAGUCAGCUCUCUGAUGCGAUGUUGGAUGAGUACAUCUUUAUGGCUAAAGAGAAACAUGGCUACAACAUGGAGCAGGCGCUCGGCAUGCUGCUGUGGCACAAACACGACGUGGAGCGGUCGCUGGCCGACCUCGCUAACUUCACCCCCUUCCCAGACGAGUGGACGGUGGAGGAUAAAGUGCUGUUUGAACAGGCCUUCAGCUUCCACGGGAAAAGCUUUCACCGCAUCCAGCAGAUGCUUCCAGACAAGCUGAUCUCCAGUCUGGUGAAGUACUACUACAGCUGGAAGAAAACCAGGACCAGGACUUCAGUCAUGGACCGACAAGCCAGGAGGCUGGUCAGCAAGAGAGAGAAAGAUGAGAGUAAUGAAGACGUAGAGGAAGCAGACCCCGGCAGUGACAGCGACUUUGAGGUUGAUGCCAAGAAAGAGGCGAUGAAACAGAACCCCAGCAGCACCGCCUCCGACAAGGUGAUCCCCGGCCGCUCGGGCCCGGUGAAGAAGGAGAGCAUCGGUGCUCAGUACCGCCACCACCCGCUCCGAGCCCGCCGCAGGCCGCCUAAAGGCAUGUACCUGGAGCAGGGAGACAUCACGUCCCUGUCGGUCUCCCACGACUCCGGAGUGAUGACAAUAAGACAGCUGGACACACAUCUGGUGUCACUCAAGAGACAGGUCCAGUCUAUUAAACAGAACAACAGUAGUGUGAAACAGAGCCUAAAUGAUGGUGUCGACACUUUCAAACCUUCUGAGCCUGCCCCUAAGAUGAACUCUCGCUGGACCACAGAGGAGCAGCUCCUGGCUGUGCAGGCUAUCCGUCGCUACGGUAAAGACUUUUCAGCCAUCGCCGAGGUGAUAGGGACCAAGACGCCGGCUCAGGUCAGUUCGUUCUUCGUGAGCUACCGGCGCCGCUUCAACCUGGACGAGGUUCUGAGGGAGUGGGCGGCCGAGCAGGUGGCCACCAGCCGAGACCAGAGAGACCCCAGGAGGAGCAGCGAGGAGAUGGCAGCAGCCACAGACGGAGGCGCGGAGGAGGACGAGGUCAAAAUGGAAGACUCCCCCUCAGACGCCGCCAGCAGCUCCUCUCCCCCCUCCUCCACCCAGACCCCCUCUUCCCUUUCCCAGCCUCCUCCGCUGCUGCGCCCGGCGCCUCCCUCAGCCCCCCCCAGCCUCCUGCGCCAGCCUCCUCCGCUGCAGACUCGUCCGCUCCAGAACCGGGCGCCCCACAACCACCCUCCACCCCCACUCAUCCGGCCUGCAGUGACCUCCUCCUCCUCUUCCUCCUCCUCCGGGGGCUCCAGCCUCAGGGCUUCUCCUCCAAGCUCCUCCUCCACUGCAGGGCAGAUGCCUCCGUCACUGGUGGGGCUCAAAGUAGAGCAGCCCAACUCGCACUGA